GCUGCAGGCGAAGCUGAAGUGCAGCUAGCAUUGAUGAACAAUGCAGGAAUUGUUGAUGCUGUCAUGACAGAUGACAGUGAUGUCUUCGUCUUUGGAGCUAAGACAGUCAUUCAAAAUUUGACAUUCUCAUCUGAUGCGACCAUCAAGCUUUACACCAUGAGUGCUAUCCAGGAGCAUGUGGAGCCCUGCCUUAUUGGUGAUGCCUUCGUGACGAUGGCUAUCUGCUGUGGUGGUGACUACGAUACAGUA